AUUGUAGGAUCCAAUUAAAUUGGUGCAGAAGACUCUUGCCCAUGUGACAUCCAUGACGGCCCCCGAACUUUGAGACGGCGCGCCAGCGCCCGCUACGUCGCUCGCUCGUGGCUCGUUCCGGGCCUCGACGAUAAACCGCAAUCAGACGGAGGGGGCCGACCUUGUGGCUCAUUUGGAGCCCGUCCUUGGCGUCAUGUCACCGUCCGGCACGGCCACGGCGACGGCGGUGGCAGCGGCUGCGGCGAUUCCGGAGGGUCAUCGUGCCGUCUGAGCGAAGGGAAGUGGAUCGGAUCGGUCGGGCCGGAGAGCAUGCAGUUUCGCACCCAUGGCUGCAGCAGCGUCCGCCGCAGAGCCCGUGGUGGUGGACCCGGGCACGCCCCCGCAGCCGCCGCCGCGUCGCCGCGCUUCCUGGACGGGCCGCCGCCGCUCGUCCACCACUUCGUCCACGUCGUCCGCGCCCGCUAUUGCCCUGUCUCAGCGACGCAACAUCUUCGGCCUGGCGCCUGCGAUGGAGGAAGGUACUUGUGAACUUAGAUUGCGUGUUAUAGCUGGCCAUCAGUUAGCGAAGAAGGACAUAUUUGGGGCUAGUGAUCCAUAUGUAAAAAUUGAUCUUAAUACUGUCAAUGGAGACGAGACAAUUGACUCUGUUCUUACUAAAACCAAGAAAAAGACUCUCAAUCCUCAGUGGAACGAAGAAUUUAUUUUCCGGGUGCGGCCAGCAGAGCACAAGUUAGUGCUACAAGUGUUUGAUGAGAACAGGCUGACUCGUGAUGACUUCCUCGGCAUGGUGGAAGUGCCCCUGUCUAAUCUCCCCAAGGAACAAGAAGGACGCACCAUUCCUCCGAAACAGCACAUCCUGCGGCCGCGCAGGUUAGGCGUGCGGUCACGGGUCAAAGGCCAUCUGGAGUUGUACCUGGCAUUUAUUCGAGAGCCUGCUCUUGGGCCUGAGAGCUCCCAUCCAUCUACUGCUCAACCAGAUUCUGCAGAUGGGGCAGAGUCCGAGUGGGAGCUUGUGGAGUCAGAGCAGACUUCCCAGGCAGUAGAGACACCAGCGCAGAGCCAGGAGCAGCUGCCACCACUACCUUCAGGCUGGGAAGAACGACAAGAUGCUAACGGACGCACGUACUACGUCAAUCACAUUGCCCGCACUACUCAAUGGGAGCGACCAACUUUCUUAAAUACCACCCAAACAGACCAGACAGACAGAGAACGUAAUUUGGAGUCUGCUGCAACGGAAUUUCAGCGUCGAUUUCAUAUUAGUGUAGAUGAUGUAGAUUCCAACCAACGACCUGAUAAUGCUACAGUUCAUCAGGAGAGUAGCAGCAUAGACAGUGAACCUGAUGAUGAAGGCGUUGAAGAUGUUGAAGAGAACAACUUAGGGGGAGGGACUGUUGUAUCUGAGGGAGGCGAUGGAGCAGCUACACCUAGUCCUGCUCAGACUCGCAGAGAACCUACUCCUGCUCCCCGUCCAAGUGGACAAGCCCAACCUGGAGAGCAAAGAGUGCCUAGUCUUGGACUAAAUUCAGAAGGAUUGCCCACAGGGUGGUCUAUGCAGGUUGCACCUAAUGGUCGUGUUUUUUUCAUUGAUCACAAUGAGCGUGCCACAACCUGGGUGGAUCCAAGGACUGGGCGUGCUAGUCCAAUGCCCAACCAGAAUGUUGCCCCAAGCAGGAGACCUGAGGAUGAGCUUGGACCCUUACCUGAAGGCUGGGAGGAGCGUGUUCAUACUGACGGCCGUAUUUUCUUCAUUGAUCACAAUACACGCACCACACAGUGGGAAGAUCCAAGAUUGUCAAACCCACAAAUUGCUGGUCCUGCUGUUCCUUAUUCUCGUGAUUACAAGAGAAAGUAUGAAUACUUGAAAUCCCAAUUAAGAAAACCGAAUAAUGUGCCCAAUAAAUUUGAGAUCAAAGUCAGAAGACAAAACAUAUUAGAAGAUUCAUAUCGCAUCAUUAGUAGUGUUAAUCGAAUGGAAUUGCUCAAAACGAAACUCUGGGUGGAAUUUGAAGGGGAAGUGGGUCUGGACUAUGGAGGUUUGGCUCGUGAAUGGUUUUUCCUCCUCUCAAAGGAAAUGUUCAACCCUUACUAUGGCCUCUUUGAAUAUUCUGCUAUGGAUAAUUAUACUCUUCAAAUCAAUCCAUUUUCUGGUGUUUGUAAUGAGGAACAUUUAAAUUAUUUCAAGUUUAUAGGAAGAAUUGCAGGAAUGGCUGUAUAUCAUGGGAAAUUAUUAGAUGCGUUUUUCAUCCGUCCCUUCUACAAGAUGAUGUUAGGGAAGACUAUUGAUUUGAAAGAUAUGGAGAGUGUAGAUUCUGAAUACUAUAAUUCAUUGUUAUGGAUUAAGGAAAAUGACCCAUCUGAGCUGGAAUUAACAUUUUGUGUUGAUGAAGAAAGCUUUGGUCACUUUUCACAACGUGAAUUAAAACCUGAUGGAGCAAAUAUUCCUCUAACUAAUGAAAAUAAAGAUGAAUAUAUUAACUUGGUAAUUAAAUGGAGAUUUGUAUCAAGAGUUGAAGAUCAGAUGAAUGCAUUCUUAGAAGGUUUCAAUGGUUUGGUUCCUCUUAACCUGGUGAAAAUAUUUGAUGAGCAUGAACUAGAAUUACUAAUGUGUGGUAUUCAAAAUAUUGAUGUCAAGGACUGGAAACAGAAUUCACUUUAUAAAGGAGAUUAUCAUCCUAAUCACAUAGUUGUUCAGUGGUUCUGGAGGGUUGUGCUGUCCUUCAACAAUGAAAUGAGAGCUCGCUUGCUUCAGUUUGUGACAGGAACUUCUCGAGUGCCCAUGAAUGGCUUUAAGGAAUUGUAUGGUAGCAAUGGACCUCAGUUAUUUACUAUAGAAAAAUGGGGUCAGCCUGAGAACUAUCCUCGGGCUCACACAUGUUUCAAUCGCUUGGAUCUUCCUCCAUAUGAUAGUUAUCAGCAGUUGCGAGACAAGCUUGUAAAAGCUAUUGAAGGAUCGCAAGGUUUUGCAGGAGUGGACUAAUCUAUGUUCCUGUGUUCAAAGGCGGACUGACCUGUAUUAUAGUGUAUAUAUUAUCUUUCCUCUAAUUCUUUACAUUAUUCUUCCCAAUGUUCAUUAUAUUGUGUAUUGGAAAUGUAGAUUUGUACAAACUUGUGUCAAAGUGUUAUUUGCAUCAUGAGUCAUGUGUCAGUGACUGUGAUCUUUUUGUUGGUUAAUUGUAAUUUGUGUUCUGUAUUUGUACAUAAGCAAGUGUUGAGAUUUCUUGCAGAGUGUGUACGUCUUUCAUUUUUUGUACAUAGUGAGAGUGGGAGAUGGCCUUGGCUCUUGGUGUGCCUAGGCGUUAUUCAGGAAUAAGCAAGAGGUGAUAGUUGAAUCAAUUGCAACAAACUUAGAUAAUAUGCAAAAGAUAUAAGACUUUUACAGAUCAAAAUAGAACAGAGUGACCUGCGUGUGUAUUGCUAGGUACAUGUUUUACCACUUUGGAAUUGUGCUGUAAUUACAGUUGGUGCUUUUGUGUCAUCGUCAAUGAAAUGUUGUAAAGAGACUGAAAAGAAUAAAGAAUUGUGUAGGGGGGCCUGCCAGUUUUUACAUAUUAAGAAAGAAGAUAAAUUUAUUGACAAUCAUUUUAAAUCUAUACUAUUUGUUUUUGUGACUUUUUUGUUUGUAUUUUGUCUGAUAGCGAAUGAUAUUUAAUGAUUAUAUACUCCUUUUAUUUUAGUGUAUUAUAAUCUCAUGAAAUCAGAUCACAUGUUGAACUGAUGCUUCUGUAUUGCUGUAAAUUUUAUACUGCAAAGCAAUUUUGUUUGAUUGUUAUUUUAUUUGUGCUGCCAUCAAAAGUAUUGUGUAAUUUUGGGUACUUUGGUUAUGUGUAUUUACCGGCAUACAAAAUAAUAUGAAAAAAAUAUGUGUUGUAUUAUUUAUUAAGUCUUUUCUCAGUAAUGACUUGUUGACAGAUCGUAUACUUGAAUUGAAAAAGGACAUAUUAUAUACUUAUUAUAGUUGAAAAGGAGUAUUUGUGCAUGUUUUGUACCUGGGUACAUUUCAAUUGGUGUUCACCUAAUCUUAAGUUAUGUAUUUUCUGAGGACCAAUUUAAAUAUAUAUAUAUUUAGCUCUUAUGUAAAGUACUUAUGUCUGUUCGUGUACAGUGCUCUAUUAUGGAUUCAUAUGUGUAAAUAAUGUAUGGCAGUCUUUCCAACUCAAUGUUAUAGUGUUGUUUCAUUUUAAAUGGAGACAACACUAUUCCAAUAUUUCUUUGUUUGUGGGAGCUGCACUUCAGUGGGUCACUCUGCCAGUAUCUCCCCAAACAAAUACCACAUUCCUUGCUUGAUUGGAAUUUUGAACUUAUCAUUUUGAUACUGGUGAUUUUGAUAGAAUGCAUUGAUAUUUGCUGAAGUUUUUCCGUUGUGCACACUUGUGACUGGUGUGUUAUAACUGGUCAAAAUGUUUCCGCAUCGACUUUCUGCCUAAAGUGAAAAUUUUCACCCUUACAUUAUUCAGAUAAUUUAGUUACAAGAUAUUGCUAAUACUGUCUUGUUACUACUGUGCUGAAUAAUGUGCAUAGGAGAUCAUUCCUAAUGCAGGUUUUUCAUUGACCAUUGUGUCACAUUUUUUUGUUUCUAUUUCCCAUUGUGGAGAGUGCUUUAAUUUUCAUAAAAUAUUUCAGUUUGAAGUUGUAUAUUGCAUAUGUUGUAUGUACAUUGCUUGCUCUUGCUUUAGUACUUUUCAAUUUUAGCUAUUUUAUCAAAUCAAUCCAUGUCUUGAUUGUUCAUUUUUGUUUCAAAUCAUUUUGUUGUGAUAAACUUUUAAAAGCCUUUGAAAGGUGUCUUCCGAGUAUGACUUUUAACUAUUAGAGCAAAAUUAUAGAUUUCAAAAGUUAUCUGAACUAGUUUAGAGUAUAAUGAGCAGCACUUUUUGAUUUUUUUUUGUACAAGGCCAUUCCUCUUGGAUUUUGUAUAGAUAUUCCAGUUUUCAUUUUUAAAAUGGUUCCAGAAUAUGUUUAAUACAAGUUACUUUAGAGAUACCUCUGUAUGUUAUUUGUUAUGGUGCAAGUCUUAAUGUUUCAUUAGAAUCAUGUGAUUUUAUGAUUAAUAGCAACAACCAAAGAUUACUUAUUGAAACAAUAAUUGUUUUUUAUCUGGUCAGCAGGAUGUGUGUAAAUAUUUUGAAGUUCCUGCAAACAUCAGAGUUGAAUUAUUUGUACUGUAGGGAAAAUAUUUUUUGCUGCAUAGCUCAGUUUUGUAUGCCAUUGUGGCAUCAGUUUUGAUGGCUAACAAUAGAAAUUCAUUGCUCUAUGCUGUAUAAUUUCCAUAUUUUCAGAUGACUUGAUACGUAAAAUGCUAGUAAUUUCAUUUUGUUAUGAGUAGAAGUUUGAGUGAAGCAUUUCAGAGCAUACAAGUAUAUGCAAAAUCAUUCAGCACUAAAAACAAAUGCAAGCAAUUCUGACUUCAAUAUCCCAUCAAUGGAAAUGUGUCAGUCUUGCAGUCAGGAGACUUGAAACAAUCCUUCCAUGUACUUUCUUGACAUUGGUGAUGCUGUAUGGGUAUGAAAAAUCACUGUAGAUUAAAUUAUCAAUAAAUAUUAUACAAAUGGAUGUAUUAUUUA